AUGACCGAAGGCGAGGAGGACAAAGCCGAGGAUGAAGGGGAGCGCACCGAGUCGGACUCCGACGUGAGGGACUUCGUCCGACUUCCACGCGGUGCUAAGAGGGGGGUGACCUCCUCAUCGCAGGGCGCACCGGGGGAGGGCGCCCCGGAGGACGACGAAGGAGAGGAGGCGACCUCGCCUCCGGAAGGAAAAGGGCUUGCGAAGGGGGCUGACGAGCCGCGGUCCAAGCGGUUGCGUCAGACCAUCCUUGAGGGCGCCACUGAGCUUCGGCGUCCCCUUAAGGACGCCCCUGAGGUCGGGGCCCGAGUCGGCCCAAGCGUGAAGGCGAUCCCGACGGUGAAGUCGAAUAGGAAGGUUCUGACAAGGCCCGCCCCGGUCGGCGGAGCGGCGGCUACAAGGGCGGCCGAGGCAAAGAAGGCGGCUGAGCUGAAAAAGGCCGCCGAGUCGAAGAGAGCGGCCGGCGACCCCGCGGGCCUUGCCUCAUCGCGAGAGGAGCCCGCCGUCGUGAGCAAGGCGACGGGCGCUACCGCCAGUUUGGCUGGGCCAGUCGCCGGAGGCGGCCCCUCGCCGAGCGCGAGCAGCGGCGAGGUGACGAAGGCGGCUGUCGAGACGGCCAUGGCCCGGGGUCCGGACAUCGUUCCCCCCAUGGUGGAGGAGGGGACAGCAGGUGCCGAGUCGGCGACGGCUCGAAGUCCGGACGCCGUCCCUCCUGUGGUGGAGAAGGAACGGGGCGCUACUGAGGGAAGCGGCCUCUCGGCGAAGAUGAGGGAGCGCCAGACGAAGGCCGCCAGGGACCAGGCUCGUCCCAGUGAUCCCGAGGCGCCGGCAGAAGGGACACCGUCGACUGAGGCGGUGGUGCAGGGGGGCAAGACGCACGAGUCGCGUCGGCCUCCACUGUCGACUUUGUCCUUUACUAAGCUUCACACGGCACUUGGUGAAGUUCAUGUGGCUCAAGUUAAGCUCCUGACGGCGGUCGGCGAAUUUUCGUGUGAUUCUUCCGACUUUAGUGUCUCUGAUGCUCGUCGUUCUUCUGUAGCAGAGGCGCGCGAGAAGGCGUUGGCAGAGGCGCGCGAGGGGUAUGUCAAGGAGUCCUUCUACCGGGACGCCGAUUUCCGGGCGAAGACAACCGAGGAGGCGACGAAGAAGGCAAAGACGGAGCUUGCUGACCUCAACAGGGUUUUGGAGGGCAAAGGCAAGGAGCUCGAGGACGUCAUUGCCGAUUACAAGGGCAGGCUCGAAGCUGCGGCGGAGGCUAGGGACGCGGCCCGGGGAGCUGCGGCGACGCUGCGGGCGGAGAUUGCGGCUUUGAAGCUAAAGCACGCCAAGGAACUUGCCGCGGAGAGGGAGGCGUCGGAGAGGCAGUGUGAAUUCGUGGAGUCGGCGACCCCGCGAGAGUGUCUUCAGACUGCGACCGCGUGCAUUAUCGCCUCCGCGGGGGACAUACUGGCGGCGCUUCAGUACCUGAGUCCGCGGGAAGUGAUUCCUCGUGAUGCGCCGUCGGUCUUCAAAGCCGUCUCCGAUAUCCCGGCGGUGGUCGACUGGCUCCGCCGCUCCUCUUGCCGCGUGGGCGUCACCAUGGAUUUGAGCAUGGUGCUUGCCCACUACUCGGAGGGCUUCGACGUGGAGGAAGUGACGGCCGACUUCCCGUCCGAGACUGGCGAGUUCGACGUCACCGAGGUGUUGCGCUUGAUGGAGGCGGUACGCCCUUACGCCGAUCGAGUGCUGGCGACUGCGGACUUGGAGACACAUAUUGUCAGCCAGUUGGCUCCCGAGGAUGCGGAGAAGGAGGCGGGCCCGAAGGACUUCCCCGCCGAGCGCCUCUUCCAUGCUGCGGCCACCAAUGCCCUGUCCACCUAUCCGGUCGUCAGGUACACCCCGAAGUUCUUACAUGGAGAGGGUGGCGCCGAGCUGGUGAUAGAGGAGCAGCCAGGGUCUGCCAAGUAA